AUGGCUUCUCAAUCAGAAGAAUCUGUUUUAUCUCAAAUGUUAACCGAUAAGUCGAAAUGUAGUUCAAUGAAAGUACAUAAGCCAUCGUACGAUCGAACUAAACUCAAACAUGGCAUUGUUCAUUUAAGUGUUGGAGCAUUUCAUCGAGCUCAUUUGGCGUAUUAUAUGGAUUUAUUAGCGUCUGAACAAAAUGAGAUAAACUGGGGUAUUGUGGGUGUUGGUAUUCGUAUGUUUGAUAAACCCAUAAGUGAUGCAUUACAAUCACAAAAAGGCUUAUAUACAUUGGUGAGUAAAGGUGGCAAUGAAAGUGAUGUUGAUGUAAGAAUAAUUGGAUCAAUGAUCGACUAUUUAUUUGCACCAGAUUCACCCGAAGCUGUUCUGGAUGUCCUGUCACAUCCAGAUACGAAAAUUGCCUCUUUGACUAUUACAGAAAGUGGAUAUGAUUUAGAUAUAAACAAUGCAGAAAUACAACAUGAUCUGAAAAAUCCACAACAGCCCAAAACUGUAUUUGGUUUUAUUGUUCAUGCAUUAAAUAGGCGAAAAAAUGCCGGUAUUGAACCAUUUACAGUGAUGUCGUGUGAUAAUGUACAAGCCAAUGGUGAAGUGACAAAAAAAUGUAUACUAUCCUUUGUAAAAGCAUUGAAUAAUCAAGACCUUUUGACCUAUAUUCAAUCCAAAGUAACUUUUCCGUCUGCUAUGGUUGAUCGUAUAACACCAGCUACAACCGAUAGUGAUCGUGAUUACGUUUUGACUAAAUGUGGUAUUACUGAUAAGUGGCCAGUAGUAACGGAACCAUUUGUUCAAUGGGUUAUUGAAGACAAUUUUUGUAAUGGUCGUCCACCAUUAGAACACUUAUCGAGUUACAAUGUGCUAUUGACGGAACAUGUUGAAGCAUACGAAUGUAUGAAAAUGCGUUUAUUAAAUGCUAGUCAUUCAUCCAUGUGCUAUUUGGGUUAUUUAAUGGGUUAUCGUUAUAUUCAUGAAAUUAUACUUGAUCAAGAUGUGAAACAAUAUAUUGAAUAUUUAAUGAAUGACGAAGUAUCAUCAACAUUACCACCUGUACCUGGCAUCGAUUUAGAAUUAUAUAAAAAGACAUUGAUUACACGUUUUUCAAAUCCAAAUAUAAAAGAUACAGCAUUGCGUGUAUGUAUGGAUGGUGCAUCGAAAUUUCCAAAAUUUUUAAAUCCAACCAUUGAUCAACAAUUGAAAUCGAAUCAACCAAAGAUUCAUUUUUCAUCAUUAGCUAUUGGUGCAUGGAUCAGGUAUAUUACAGGUGUUGAUGAAGAAAAUAAUCCGAUAACACUACAAGACCCAUUAGCUGAUCAAUUAAAUUUAAAAGAUAUUGCAAAUAACACAAAACCGAAUGUUAAAGAGAUCUUAAAUAUUAAUCAAGUAUUUGGUGAUUUAGGUAAAAAUGAGAAAUUUGUUAAGUCUGUUCAAGACGUGGUGAACUUAUUAUAUGAAAAAGGAUCCAAAGCAACUCUCAAGCAAUGGUUAAACAUGUACAAGUCACAAUAG